AUGGGAGGAACUUCACAUCAGACGGCCUUCAACACUAGGGUCAUUCUCUUCGCAACCCUCGGCUCUCUCACAUAUGGCUACUGCAGUUCAAUCAUUUCCACGACCCUCGGACAGCCCAGUUUUCUGCAAUAUAUGCACCUAGAGAACUCCAAGCGUGCGACAGUUUUGAUAGGAGCCAUCAAUGGAAUAUAUCAAGCCGGCGGACUUCUCGGAACAAUCUCCACAAGUUGGACAUCCGAUGCUCUCGGGCGUAGGAAGGCAAUCUUUCUGGGAGCAUUGGUGAGCAUUAUCGGUGGAGUCCUUCAGACUGCAUCGGUGAAUGCAGCCAUGUUUAUCGUCGCACGUUUGAUCACAGGACUUGGAAUUGGCUGUCUGGUAACUUUGAUCCCCCUAUGGCAGGGUGAAGUCGCCUCUCCUGCCACGCGUGGCUUCUCCGUCGGACUUCAUGGCGUUUUCAUUCUCACCGGAUACUCUCUAGCCAGCUGGAUAGGAGCAGGAUUCUUUUUUGUGAAUGCAAAUGGUGCACAAUGGCGCAUCCCACUCGCCUUCCAGACCAUUCCUCCACUUCUUCUCGCCGCUGGUGUGAUGAGAUUACCCGAGUCUCCACGUUGGCUCAUCGAGAAUGGGAGACACGCCGAGGCCAAGGACAUUGUACUAAGACUUCAUGGUGCCGACAACGAAGCAGACACGGAAGGAAAUGGUAUACACACCUUUGCCGAACGCGAGUACGAAGAGAUGGUUGUGCAAAUCAUGGCGGACAGUGUACUCCCUUCAAGCUGGGUUUCCAUGAUACAAGUCCCGUCGUAUCGGAAACGCGCCCUCAUAGGUUUCUYCACCAUGUUUGCCGCGCAGUGCACCGGAACCCUGGUCAUCAAUAACUAUGGAAGCACGCUUUACAAAUCCCUGGGCUUUGAUACAAAGAGACUAUUGCUGAUCCAAGCCGGCUGGAUCACCUUGGGAAUCCCAGCCAACGUUCUCAACGCAAUCCUGCUCGAUCGUGUUGGGAGGAAGUGGCUCAUGAUUGCGGGUCUUUGUGGWACAUCGUCAGCCGUAUUGGGCGAAGCUGUAACAGUUGCACUUUUCGAAGGCACAAACAACAAAGCUGGAAUUGCCGCCGCCGUCUUCUUCUUGUUCUGGCAUAUCAGUUGGUACGGAUCGACGCUCGACGCCUCGACCUACGUCUACGCCUCCGAGAUCUGGCCAACUCACAUUCGCGCCAAAGGAACGGCACUUUCAACAUCGGGUCUGUUUGUCGGCUCACUGAUAUUACUAUCAGCGGCAUCGGACGCGUUUGCGAGCAUUGGUUGGAAGUACUACAUGGUCUUCUUCUCGGUAACCGUGGUCUCGAUUUUCAUCUUUGCCAUUUGGUGGCCGGAGACCAAAGGGUUGUCCUUGGAAAAGAUCGGCGCGCUGUUCGGUGAUGAGGUCGUACAAGUGUUGGACAGCCCACAUGACCCUACCGCCGUCAACAUUGAUGUUGCCACUUCCGGUAAGGAUACGGAGAAAGAUUGA